UUUUUAUUAAUUACAGGAAAUCACCAAGAUUCGCAAAGGGAUGCAGAAGCAGCCACUGAGUUAAAUCCAACAUUCCUUGAGGCAAUUGUGAGAGGUUAGAUCAUUAUGUUAGCUGUGUUAUAAUAAUGAUAAAAAAAAAAUCAUCACUCUAAUUAGGAUAAUGAAGUUAAUAUUGUCUCAAUUGACUUUUAUUAAGAGGUAGAGACCACCCUGAUGUACAUUUAAAUCCAGCUCUCGACUGCUAUGCCAUGAAUUUCCGUUAUCAUGAGAUUUUUAUUUUGAGUUGGAUGAAGAACUCAAUGCUGAAUACACAGCAACAUUUCAGCAUAAGUAUUUUAGUUUCCUUAAGCUCAUCGAGUUAGGUAGUAGUGUCAGAUAUGUUUAGUCACUAUCUAGCUGUUUUGGAAAGAAAUAAGGACUUAAAUUAACUCAAAACUGUCAAGAAAAUGUCCUCAUUCAUCAACUACAACUUAAUUUUAAAUGCCAUAAUACAUGUAAUAAUGAUGUAACUACAGACAGCAUGAGGAAAUCUUAUUCUAUGUGAACUUUAAACCUUAGUUUGAGCCUCUUCCUAGCAAGCAAUUAUCAACUGAUUGAGUAAAACAAAUAUGUUAACUAAAACCAAGGGGACACUGGUAUUAAUAUUAAAUAAAAUAUUUAAAUUUGUACUUUUAUUGAAGUUGAAGUUUAACCUAGUUUUAAAAAGGUUAAUUGAAAAAUGUACCAUUACAAAAAUUUGAAAAGGUGGGUUUUAUUUUUCGGUUUUCACAUUGCGUGUCUUAUAUUCUAUCUAUAUCUUCUAGUAAUUUUGUGGGAAUUAUCAGUCCCAAUUUAAAUGUUCUUAGAAGUUUCAGUUAUCAAAAGUCAAUCUAACUGAAAGCUACCAGGGCCUGUUUAUUCUUUUCCUUUUGUUUAGUUUUCUUUUUUUUGUUGUUGUUUUUGGUUUUUUUUGGUCUGUAAAUAUUUAGCUUUCAAUGUUUUCUGGUUCUCUUCUUGGAAUUGAGCUACAGUAAUUAAAAUACGGUUCUUUGUAUUGUUACCUACAGGAGCCACUGCCUGUGUUGAACUGAAGAAAUUUGAAGAAGCAAUCACUUGGUGCGAUAAGGGUUUAGCUGUAUCCUUUGAAGGAAUCUUUCAUUUUUAACCAUGGGUAUAAUGGCAAUAUUACUUAAUUUGACAUUUUAAGGGAGAAAAUACAUAGAAGGAUAUUAAUUAUGAUGGGAACUUGUCAGCUCAUACUUUAAGUGUUUGUGAUUAAAAAACGUGGGAAAAUUAAUUUAACCUCAUGACUUAUUAGUGAUAUUACUCCUUUCAGCCAAUUUGACUUAGUCAUAUUAUCCAUGUCAUAACACUAGUUUAGUUAAAAGACCAAUAUUCACCCAGUUUGUAAAUGGUCCGUGGGUAAAUGAUCUCUCUGAAACGAGGCUAACAAAGAAAUUUGGUAAUUUUUAUAUAUAUUAUGCUGAUUUUCCUCAAUCCCUCUAUAUUUUUCCCACUACUCAGAGACUCGAAAACUUUCGUCAAGUUUUCUUGUGGAUAAAUGCAACUUUUAAAAAGCACGUAUUCAUAUUGUAGACAAAUUUCUUCCACUGCUGUAAAAUAUUCGUCUGAUGUUAAAGCUAUAUUAAUUUCAAAAUUGAGCAAGUGCUUCCAAGAUUUUGGAAACAAGGGAUUACAUCUAGAUAUUUCAUGUUAACUUUUUGGGAUAUGUAGAUUUACUUCAUAACUGACUUUUUAAGACUGAAUGUUGAUUAAACAUCUACCUUUCAUACAAGUCCUCCUAAUAGGCCAAUUUACAGUUGUGUACUUAGCUAGUUGCCAAGCCUUUGAUUUGGAGUGAGGCUGAAGCAACAAUGUUGUGAUAGAGACCAGUCUCCAGUGAUCAUUACAACAGUGUAAUUUGCAUUUGAAAAGCAGCUGUAAUAUUUGCGUUAUAACAAGGUCACCUUAGCCACACUCCUGUUCAAAGGCUUGGCAAUCAAGCACACAACUGUAAAAAUGGACUAUUAUAUACCGUCCAAAUUAAUGUGAUUAGAAAACUCAUCUUUUUUGUCUUUGCACAUUUUAAACCUUAACAUAAAAAAGAUUGACAAAAACAAUAGGAUCUUGUUGUCAUUAAGACUUCAGUCUGUCAGUGAAGCGGGAGAUAAGUCCAUGGAGGAAAAAGAUCCUAUUAGUCAUGACCAUGGUAGUGCAAGUUCAGGUGAUGUCAAGAAAGUCAUAGACUUCAAUAAUCAGGGAGACAAGCAUAGGAAGGGUAACUAUUAUGACAAUCUUGGCGAUUUAUAUCUGAGACAGGGUGAUCUCAAAAAAGCAAUAGAGUGCUACAACAAAGAUCUUAAAAUAGCUAAAGAAGGAGGAGACAAGUAUGAGGAGGGUUGUGCUUUUGGCAAUCUUGGCAUUGCUUAUGACAGUCUGGGUGAUUACAAAAAAGCCAUUGAGUGCCACAACCUACAUCUUAAAAUAGCGAAAGAUAUAGGAGACAAGCGUGGGGAGGGUGUUGCUUUAAGCAAUCUUGGAAUUGCUUAUCACGAAACGGGUGAUUUUAAAAAAUCCGUAGAGUGCCACAACCUACAUCUUAAAAAAGCUAAAGAACUAGGAGACAAGCAUGGAGAGGGUGCCGCUUUUGGCAAUCUUGGCAAUGCUUAUAAAGGUCUGGGAGAUUUAAAAAAAGCCAUAAAGUACCACAACCUACAUCUUAAAAAAGCUAAAGAAGUAGGAGAUAAGCAUGGGGAGGGUAACGCUUAUGGAAAUCUUGGCAAUGAUUAUAAAGGUCUGGGAGAUUUUAAAAAAGCCAUAGAGUACCACAACUUAGAUCUUAAAAUAGCUAAAGAAGUAGGAGACAAACAUGGGGAAGGUUGCGCUUAUGGCAAUCUUGGCAAUGCUUAUGACGGUGUGGGAGAUUUUAAAAAAGCCAUAGAGUACCACAACCUACAUCUUAAAAUAGCUAAAGAAGUAGGAGACAAGCAUGGGGAGGGUAAGGCUUAUGGCAAUCUUGGCAAUGCUUAUGAAAGUCUGGGUGAUUUCAGUACAGCCAUAGAGUACCACAACCUAUGUCUUAAAAUAGGUAAAGAAGUAGGAGACAAGCAUGGGGAGGGUCGUGCUUAUGGCAAUCUUGGCAAUGCUUAUGAAAGUCUGGGUGAUUUCAAUAGAGCCAUAGAGUACCACAACCUAGAUCUUAAAAUAGCUAAAGAAGUAGGAGACAAGCAUGGGGAGGGUCACGCUUAUGGUAAUCUUGGCAAUGCUUAUCAAAGUCAGGGUGAAUUACAAAACGCCAUAGAGUACCACAACCUACAUCUUAAAAUAGCUCAACAAGUAGGAGACAAGCAUGCGGAGGGUAAUACUUAUGGCAAUCUUGGCAAUGCUUAUCACGGUUUGGGUGAAUUCAAAAAAGCCAUAGAGUACCACAACUUAGAUCUUAAAAUAGUUAAAGAAAUAGGAGACAAGCAUGGGGAGGGUAAAAGUUAUGGCAAUCUUGGCAAUGCUUAUCGAUGUCUGGGAGAUUUGGAAAAGGCCAACGUGUUAUACUGCCUAUUGCUCAAAAUUGCCGAAGAGGUCGGAGACCAAUCCUUAGAGGCCAUCGCCUACUAUUCUUUAGGUUGUGUUUUUGAGGCGCAGGGUGGACUGCCAAAAGCCGUUAAACAUUUCCGAGCGAGCGUAAACUUAUACAAUUCAUUGAGAGUACUUCUUAAGGCUAAAAAUGAGUGGAAAGUUAAUUUUCGAAAUCAGCAUCAAAAUGCGUAUUCGGGUUUGUGUAGCGUUCUCGUAAAACAAGGUAAUAUACAUGAAGCCUUAUUUGCUGCUGAGAAAGGACGAGCUCAAGCUCUGACCGACCUCAUGGAAUCCAGUUUUUGGGGUAGAACAGGGCAGCACAAGGGAAGCGAUGAAGAUUUAGCAGAUUUAAAAAACGUUCCAUCAGACAUUAUCUUUCAGGUAGUGGACAAAGCUGACGUCAAUCUUUGGUUUGUUACCGAAGGAAAACAAGUUCAGUUAAGACAAAGUAAACUCACUGAUUCAGUUUCAGAGAAUAGUGGAGCUAGGCAAUCCUUUGAGUCGUUCAUACACGAUGUCUAUACACAAAUUCGUGUUCCUUUUAAUGUGAGAUGUGAGAAUCGAUCUUUGGAUGCUUUGAGGGAGAGCUGUUCAAAAGUGGAUGUGAAAACUAAAGAAGACAACCCUCACCCUCCCACCCAACAAGACGAACGCGGCUUAAGCACUUUGUAUGAUACCCUCAUGAAGCCGGUGGCUGACCUGGUUAAAGGGGAUGAGCUACUCAUUAUUCCCGAUGGAUCCUUGUGGCUCGCUCCUUACGCUGCAUUGAAGGAUGGUAAUUCUAAAUACCUGUGUGAAUCGUUCAGAAUCCGACUCGCUCCAUCGUUAACAAGUCUUAGACUCAUUUCCGAUUGCCCAGAUGAUUAUCACAAAAGCAGUGGUGCGUUACUUGUAGGAGAUCCGUGGGUAGCCGAGGUUACUGACAGCAAGGGAGAAAAACCCCUCGAGCAGCUUCCGUGUGCUAAAGAAGAAGUAGAAAUGAUCGGAAAAAUUCUGAAUAUCACGCCAAUCACUGGCAGACAAGCCACGAAACGUGAGGUGUUGGAAAGACUCGGUUCCGUUUCCUUAGUCCACUUUGCGGCACACGGAUGUAUGGAAACUGGCGAAAUUGCUCUUACACCUGACCCACACCGAAUACCUACUGUGCCUACGGAGAAGGAGGAUUACAUUUUAACAAUUGGAGAUGUGUUGAAUGUUCAACUUCGCGCCAAACUUGUUGUGCUCAGUUGCUGCCACAGUGGUCGGGGCGAGAUCAAGGCUGAAGGUGUGGUUGGGAUUGUGCGCGCUUUUAUGGGGGCUGGUGCUCGGUCUGUUGUGGUGUCUCUGUGGGCGAUUGAUGAAGAAGCUACUCUCGAAUUCAUGAAAUGCUUUUAUCAACACCUUGCAGAAGGUAAACCUGCAAGCGAGUCACUGAACCUGACCAUGAAAAGCCUCAGAGAAUCAGAGAAGUUCCACGACAUCCAAUACUGGGCGCCCUUUGUGCUGAUUGGAGAUGACAUCACUCUUGACUUCAUAGAUAUAACGUAG